AUGAACAAGUAUGUACAUUUAUUUUCUAGUGAGAGUGAACACACGGUGUGGACAGCCGAUGACGCCUACCACAGAGAUAAGUGGAUGGGCGAGGAUGAGCAUGCAGGGCCGUCACAGCCCAUCUCCCCGUCUGCGCACGGUAUACAGCUUAUUUCUGAAAAGGAUUUAGUUCAGUUGGCUCAGAUUCGGCCAUUAAGAUUCAGUUUUCGCGAACAAACAGAAAUCAAGAAUUAUUUUCAAGUACUACAGAGAAAGGUAGAAGAUAAUGAAAUAAUCCAGGAGUAUAUGGCUUUGGACAGUAAGGAUCUGCGUUAUCAGUCCAACUAUGGGAAUGAACCAGGCAACAGGGACAAAAACAGAUAUCGAGACAUCCUUCCAUAUGAUUCAACACGUGUUCCUCUCGGAGAAAACAAGGACUACAUUAAUGCUAGUUAUAUUAGGAUAAUCAAUGGUGGACAAGAGUAUUUCUAUAUCGGUACCCAAGGGCCACUGCCAAGUACCACAGAUGACUUUUGGCAAAUGAUUUUGGAAAAUAACUCUAAUGUUAUUGUCAUGAUAACCAGAGAGAUAGAAGGCGGGAUUGCCAAAUGCCACCAUUACUGGCCCGUUUCUAUGAAGAAGCCUUUGGAACUGAAACACUGUCGUAUCUUCCUGGAGAACUACCAGAUCCUUCCAUAUUUCACCAUUCGAUUAUUUCAAGUUGUGAGGAAAUCUACAAGAACUAAGCACUUUAUAAAACAGUUGCAGUUCACCAACUGGCCAGACCACGGCACUCCUUCGCCACCAGAUGGUUUCAUACAGUAUGUCCGCAGCGUGAGGAGCAGCCAGGUGACAGGGCCCAUCGUGGUUCACUGCAGCGCGGGAGUGGGCCGAACCGGGGUGUUCAUCUGUGUGGACGUGGUGUUCUGCGCCAUUGAGAACAAUUUCCCAUUCAACAUUAGAGAUAUCGUGGUCCAAAUGAGAAGACAACGUCAUGGUAUGGUUCAAACAAAGGAGCAGUAUUGGUUUUGUUAUAAAAUUGUGCUUGAAGUUCUUAAGAAGCUUGUGGCUUUGGAUUUAGAGAGACAGCCUCACACUUGACAUACCAGGUGGCAUGGAGCUUCCUCAGAAAGAGCAUGACAGGUUGUGCUGAAGGAAGGGCUCUGCUGCGCGCAAAAUGUGCUUUCUUGGUGUAUCAUUUGAUUUCCUUUCUGACAACUCCCUGAAGGCAGCAUCAUUUGGUUUGGGGUGAAUAGUGUUUACCCACUGAUUUUAUUUAGAUAAUAUCAAAAUACCCUCCCACAUUUUCCAAUGAAAUAAAAGUUUCUUAAAACAACUGCAGCCUAUUUGGUUGAAAGGAUUACAAAGCCCCAUAAAAGACUUAAACUAUAUUUAUUAAAAUUAUAUCUGGAAAGACAGCUAAAGGAAGCUGAGGAUUUCCCAGACCUUAGGAAGCCUUGAUUCUGGGAGGACCUAGAACCAGUAAACUGACUUCUUACAGGCAUUUUCAAGACAGAUACUUAUCCAUGGUUUUUAGCUAGAAUCUAUACUAUUAGCUGGCAUUUGAACAACUCGGCUCACUAAAUAUUCCUAUUAGGAUGGUUUAACGUGUUAUUUUGGAUUCCAUUUUUUCUUACCUCCAAGUCCCAUGGAGCCCCAGGGAGCUCAGAGGAGCAGCUGCCUUUCUAGAACCACUGGACAAAGACCUGAUGGUUUGGGAGCUUUUUGUGGGUGGGCAGGCUUCCUCCCUCCAUCACAUGAGCACACUGAGGAACAGUCCAAAACUAAAAUAGUUAUUUAUAGAGAAGGUCCAAGAGGAAACUUUUGCCUGGCUUGAGUUCUUUCCUAUCCCACCCUAACACUUAACAUAUUACUCAGUCUGCUUUGUUGAAAGCAAAUAUUACAUUCUACUUGCUUCUUAGUUUUUGCCCUUUAGCUAACCAAUAAACUUUGAUAUAAGCGUUAUUAUAUAAUUUUGAAUCACUUAUGCCAGAUAUAGUUUUCAAACUAAGAUCUAGAGUAACUUUUUUCUUCAGAGUUCAAUUAAACCAUUUCAUUUUACUACACACCUCCCUCCCCACCCCAAUUCUGCUGUAACAUUUAGAAACUAGCGUUGGGAACCAAAUUUUGGAAAACUAAAUUCAUAGUUUUAAAAAUGAAAAUUUCCAUAUUCUGUUUUUGAAAAGAUUGUGGCCAUUAUUACAUUCAUCUUAUUAUAGGACUUUGCCUCAUACAAUUACAGUGAUAAUUUUAUCAAAGAAUUUUAGUGACCAGUUAGAUUUUAUUAUAAGCUAUAAAGCACUUGAUAUACAUCUUUGUAAAGUGUAAUUCAGUAAAAAUCAGAAUAUUCUAUGUAUUAUAUUAAGAAAAUUUCUAAUAUUAAGCUGUAGAUCUUGAAUUUUUAAGAGGUUUAUAUUGUUCACCUGGCUGAAUGAAUACUUGAAUUGGAUAAAUUAAAAUGCUAAUUCUCAUUUUAAAAAUAAUUAUAUACCAGAAAUCUAUUUUAUAUUAAUAUAAUAAUGUAAUGAGUCAAUCUCUUUACAUUAUUCAUAUAAAUAGUAGUCUAUGCUAAACACUAAUUUUGAUGAUUGGCCUUUAAUAUUUGUAUUCCUAAUGUUUCCCUCUGUUUUUGUAAAAUAAUAGACAUAAUGUACAACAGUAUUCCUGAAUAUUUCAUGCUGUUAUUUAAAUGGAAAUAUUUACUAUGUAUUGUCUCUUGUGUUUUUAUUACUUUGGCCUUAAAAUAUUCUUGUAAAUAAAAAUUUCUCACUUUUUUGAGAGUAAACAUGUUUUUUCUUUAAUGUAUGUCUUAUAUUUUUAUAGCUGGACUAAUUUUUCACUUGUCAGGGAAAUUAAA